CCGCCUCGGCGCCUCGGCCAAGUUCACGGCAUGCCGGGAACUGUAGUACUCGGCGCCUGAGAGCGCGGCGCUGUGUUGAUGGGCACCCGGGCUUGGUCUGACAGCAGCAGCUCCGCGGGGCGCCAGUUCCUGCGGCCCCGGCCGGUGCCCCGCACCGCACCUCCAGGACACAGCGUCCCUUUUGCCCCGACCCUCUCGCCCCGCAGGGGCCGGCCGCACAGGCGGGGGCGGGCCUCUGCGUGGUGUGGCCAAUGGGGACCGCGCCUGCCGGCCGGGGCGUGGCGGCCCCGGCGCGACGCCCCGAGUGGCGGUUGUUUCAAGAUGGCGGACGUGGCGGGCCCCUCCCGCCCCGGCGUCGCGGCGUUCUGGAGUCGGGACUUUUCUGAUGAAGAACAAUCAGUAGUGUACGUUCCAGGAAUUUCUACUGAAGGAAAUGUCAGAUCAAAACACAAGCUGAUGAGUCCAAAAUCUGAUGUUAAACUUAAGACUUCCAGGGCCACCGACGCUUCAGUCUCCAUGGAGUCCUUAAAAGGCGCAGGAGAUUCAGUAAAUGAACAGAAUUCCUGCAGGGGAGAAAUAAAGAGUGCAUCAUUGAAGGAUUUAUGUCUUGAAGACAAAAGACGCAUUGCAAACCUAAUUAAAGAACUGGCCAGAGUAAGUGAGGAAAAGGAAGUGACAGAGGAAAGACUGAAAGCAGAGCAGGAGUCAUUUGAGAAGAAGAUCAGGCAGUUGGAAGAACAGAAUGAACUGAUCAUCAAAGAAAGGGAAGAUAUCCUUUUGAAAGUCCUCUUUUUUAACGUGCAGAAAGUUUGGCUAUUUCAUGAAGACAAGGCGUCCCCAGAUUACAGCCCGCGGGCCUCAUGCGGCCCCCUGAGGCCAUUUAUCCGGCCCCCCACCACACUUCAGGAAGGGGCACCUCUUUCACUGGUGGUCAGUGAGAGGAGCACAGUAUGUGGCGGCCCUCCAACGCUACAGUACAGAGAAUGCCAAGAGCUUUUAAGCCUCUAUCAGAAAUAUUUAUCAGAACAGCAAGAGAAGCUUACCAUGUCUCUCUCAGAACUUGGUGCUCCUAGAAUGCAGGAACAGCAGUGGAGAAAAAUAACACUUUCUCAGGUGUUGGUGAUUUAUAUUGAAGGUAAUGAUUUCUUGGAGGUUUUGCCCAACAAGUCUACUUCCUUGCAGUGGGCACGAGUUAAUACCACAUAUAACAAAAGACCCUUGCCUGCAACAUCGUGGGAGGACAUGAAGAAGGGAUCCUUUGAGGGAACAAGCCAAAACCUACCAAAGCAUAAACGACUUGAAGCAUUACUAUCCCUUAAAAAUGAUGCACCCCAAUCAAAACAUAAGAAGAACAAAAAGAAAAAAGAGUACUUAAAUAAAGAUGUGAAUGGAUUAAUGGAAUACCUAAGCAAUUCACAGGCAGUUCACAAGGGGCAAAUUAUAGCAACAGAUAGUAAGGUAGUAAGGAAGGAAACUGCAGUUGCUUUAAAGAAAGACAGUCAAUGGAAGGAAGAAGAUUAAAAAGUGGCAAAGAAAAAUGCAAUGUGUUUCUAUUGUAGAAAACCUGGUCAUGGAACUUGCAGAUUGCCCUGCGCCCUUGAAAAUCAAUAUACCAUCACUGGAGUAGGUUACAUGUGUGGGUCCACAGAGCACGGAAUAACCAAGUGUAAGGCUAAAGUAGACCCAGCUCUUGGUGAAUUUCCUUUAGCAAAAUGUUUUGUUUGUGGAGAAAUGGGGCAGCUGUCUGGAGCUUGUCCUGAUAAUCCCAAAGGACUCUAUGCUGAUGGUGGUGGUUGCAAACUUUGUGGCUCUGUGGAACAUUUAAAAGAUUGCCUGGAAAGUCAGAAUUCAGACUGAAUGGUCACAGUUGGUCAUUAGGCAAAGGGAGUGAGUGCAGAUUAUGAAGAAAUUUUGGAUGCACCUAAACCGCAAAAACCCAAAACAAAAAUACUUAAAGUUGUUAAUUUUUUAUAA